AUGAGAAGCUAAAGCCGAUGAAGAAGGUCCUCCCGUCCCUGAGUGGUGCCGACGUAUCGUUAAGAGCUUGCGUGGAGUCCACUCAGUCGUUUGGAUUGUUUAUAAAAUUUUUGCUAGUUGAAGUUACCCUUUUCUAUUGCCUGUCAUUUAUAAAUGGUAUCGAAGAGCAUCUUGGUAUUACUCCGGGAAAUCUCAUUCCGAGCUUCAAAGUUUGGACUUUGUUCACAUACGCUUUGAUCGAUGUGCAUAUUUGGAAUUUAUUCAGAAAUUGGUUGUUCAUAUUUUUAGCUGGCAGAUAUGUGCAACCUUUGUGGGGAGAUUUAGAGUUGCUGUUAUUCUACUUGAUUACAAAUACCAUCAGUGGGCUAUGGACAACCUUCAUGUAUUUAGUCUCCUUCAUGGCAGUUGGGAACGAACAAUUUCUUUUCGAAACCAGAGUUUGUGGCCUAGCUGCCUUUAUAGGAGGAGUCUUAGUGGCCCUUAAGCAGCUGCUUCCUGAAGAAGUUAUUUCUUCACUUCCCUUUCUGCAUAUCCGCGUAAAACAUCUCCCUUUUACAGCUGUCAUCGUUUGCUUGUUGAUGACAUUACUUAAUAUAACAUCAGCUCCAACGCUCCUGUUGCUGAUAAAUGGUGUGCUAGUCAGCUGGAUAUACUUGCGCUUCUAUCAACUUCAUACCAGCACAAGGGGAGAUCUGUCCGAUGGAUUCACUUUUGCUUCUUUUUUCCCAGAAAUUGCACAGCCCAUUGUCGCAGUUGUUGCUAAUGGAGUCCAUGCUGGUUUUGUGAAAGUGGGCCUGUGUCGGAAGAUGGUGCGACGCUAUGAACUAGGCGGAGGAGUGACUGGAUCUGGGGGUGGGGGCUCUACAAACACUCUCACUUUACAGAUGACUCCCGCCGAACGUGCGGAUAACCAAAGGAGACGGGACCUAGCAAUCAAAGCUCUAGGCAAGCGCCUCGAGCAGGGAUCAACCCUGGGUGGGCACUCUGUGGGUCUUGGAAGCAGUGGAUCUAGCGCCUCCUCUUCCCUCGGGGGUCUCAGUUCUGCCAGUGGUAUUAGAUCGCCACCUGAGUGGCCGACCAUAGGGGGGGUUGACAGUGGAGCAGGUGCUGUAGUAUCAGGGGGACUGACAAAAAACGGCUCUGGCAGUGGGGCUUCAGCGGCGCCACUUGACUCAGUUGUAGUCGAUUCCAGUUCAGCUUAGAUGACAAGAAAAGAUUAGUUAAGAAAAUUUUGGAUGUCAAUACAGUUGCACAACCUGCAGUUCGAGAAGCGAUGAUGAAAGAUUGAAAACUAGCGAAUAUUGGCGAAAUAGACACUGGUUUUAUUAGUGUGAUAUAUACUGCUCCAAUAUAUCAAUUCGCAUGAUCAAAAGCUUAAAUUUUUAGUGUAACCCUCAUUUUGAAAUGGCUGAUACGUUAAGCUUGCAUUAUCAUGGAGUGAAAUCGAAAUGUUUAGAACUGCUUUUUUAAAAAAAUGUAUUAAUUGGUCAAUGAUGGUGAGUUUCUUGUCAGGUCGAGUUAUUCGUCAAAUAACUUACUACUCCUAUCUCAGCAUAGAGCAAUAUAUCACAAUAAAGUUUCUUAAUGUUUGUCUAAAAGGUCUGUCUUUCUAAAAGGUCUGUAAUAUUGCCUACUAUCUUAUAUUUCCGCAUAACUUACAGCGUGGUAGUAUAAUAAAUCUAUGCUAACUUUUCCUAUUAGCAGACUUUUGGGACAGGCCUUUUCGUGACUGCAGCAUUUCUGGCUUUAGCUAUUUGAAAUUCCAGCCUCAACGGAAGUGUUAUUCAAAAUUAGUUGUUUAGUUAUUAUGCUUAACCGCAAAUUUUUAAAGAAUUUUAUCAAGUGAUAUCACACUUUUAAUCAUAUGAAAAUUAAGAUUUGCUGGGUAACGCUUUCCAGGUCAACGUCUUUACUUUGGCAGCAUUUAGUUAAUCAUGUAAUGAUAUUAAUGUACAAAAACACUGUUUGCAAUGAAUUCAAUAUUACGCCAUAAAGUAUCGGUUUUUGAGAAACGAAGUUUAAGGUUACUAAUUUUACGAAGUUUGAGAUUUCUUGAACUUAGUCAAACUUGUUUGUCUUGUUGUUUGUCCGACCAACUCGCUAGGUCAUCGGAAAAAACUCUGAACUAGGUUGUUUCUUUGCACGGAAAAUCAGGUACCUCGGAGAGCGCUUGUAAGUUAUUGUCUGUCUUUUUUUCCAGUCUAAGUCGCAAAUAUUGUUGCGACAAAAUGUGUUCAUUUUGAAAGUGUCCAUUUUGAUCAAUAACCACCUAUUGAUUACAGCCAAUGCUAAGGUUACUAGCACAGACUAUUAUAUUGAAAAUAGCACUUUAGUUUCAAGGUAUCAUAGCGUAGAGGUAGGUAAGGAGACCCGCAGCAAAAUAAGAGGGUUCGAACCUGGGCAGGGUCGGAUAUUUUUAAUGAACUUUUUCGUAUACUAGCUUAAAUGCGUCAGCUCUAAAAAUUGAGGCAUGUUAGUUGGUAAAUUUCUUUUUUUUUCAAACUGACUGGUACUGCUAAUACGUCAUAAUUGGCUUGCGUUAAUUUGCAAUUAUGUAGACUCAUAAUUAGCGAGCGUUACUGAAGAAAUUUUGUUGACCGAAAGAUUUACUCAUUCAGAUUUUCCCAGUAGUGUUAUCGGUCAUAUUUUUGCUUGUGUAUGCGAAAUGCAACUUCGCCUCUGUGUAGAAGUGCAUUGAAUUUCCUGUCAUUUUUAUUAUAAAAAGCUGUGGUCGAGAUCUUGUUUCCGAAAAGAAAUUUCGAAGUUGUUGUCAUCUCGAGAAAUUUUGGCCUGCAUUUUGUCUGUGUAAAAGAACGAAGUUUUUUCCACGUAAUAGCUCUUGAUGAUUUUUUCGGUUUUUUUUUCCAAGAAGUCUUGAUGAUUUUUUCCGUUUUUUUUAAAUGCUCUAAUAACUACAAAAGUGCGGUUUGAGGUUCCGUUCCUUAUCGGAAGUGGAUUUCAAAAAGUCUCAAUUACUAUUUUUUCUUGAAUUUAAAAGAGGUUUAACCUGGUAUAUUAUACCUUUGAAAUUUGAAAAUGCUUAAGAGUAAUGAACGUAGUAAAGACUCUUAUAUAGGU